AUGAAGUUUUCGUCGUUCGCGGUGGCAUUGGCGCUGGCAGCCACUACCUCUGCUGCUGCAGUCCCUCAUUCAUCUGCUAAUACUGACCAGAGAGAGACCACUUCUCAUGAUAUCCCUGGAUUCUUCAGUAGAAGCUGCACUCGCGAAAAGAUGACUGUCCGCAAGGAAUGGCGUCACUUAACCACGCACGAGCAGAACAGUUUCCUUGACUCCGUUCAAUGCUUGAUGAACAAGCCGGCCCAAUCCGGGUUGACGGCAACUACGAGUCGGUUUAGUGACCUUCAGGCCCUUCACCGGGGAAUGACAAACACGGCGUAUGCGGAUAUUAUCCACCAUGUGGGACAAUUCCUCCCCUGGCACCGCUACUACAUGCACAUCUACGAGGCCCUGCUUCGUAAUGAGUGUGGCUACAGCGGUCCUAUGCCUUGGUGGGACGAGCAAAAGGACGCUGACAGCGGCAACAUAUGGCAAUCGUCAAUGUGGGGAGCGGAUGCCUUUGGUGGCAAUGGAACCGGAUCGGACUACUGUGUACGCGAUGGCCGGUUUUCCAACCUCACUCUUCACAUUGGGCCGGGCGAUGAAGAUACAGACUACUGCUUGCGCCGCGCAUGGGACACCAAGAACGCGAUUGCGAACGCCAAUAGCACAGCACUGGAGAUGUGCAAUGCUUAUAACACCUAUGCUCCUUGGUGGAAUUGCAUCUCCAACAUCCCUCACAAGGGUGUACACACUUAUAUUGGUGGUGUGAUGGCGGACAUCAAGUCCUCCCCAGGCGACCCGAUCUUCUUCAUGCACCACAUGUACAUUGACCGGGUUUGGUGGAAGUGGCAGCAGCAAGAUCCCAUCAACCGGUUGUACGACAUCAGUGGUCCGACUCUGAACCACACAGCCAACGUGGAGCCUGCUGGAGGCUGGCAGAACGCUACUCUUCACUACGAACUCUCCUCAUUCAACAUCAUGCCCAACGUAACUAUCGCCGAGGUGAUGAACACCCAGGGAGGUUACCUGUGCUACGGAUAUGAUUAA